AUGUACUUUUAAAAAUCUUACCUUUUAGAGAUACAAAAAUAUUUAUGAAUAAAAUGAUAUGACGCCUGGGUUUUGCUUCAAAACGAUGGUAGGAGAGGAAUGUGGAUGAAAUAAAACUGAUUAUGAGUUGCGGUUGCUGAGGAAUUGGGGUCACGGGGGUUCAUUAGAACCUCCUAUCAGAUGUGGUUCAGAAGCCUCAGAUCUGGGAGCUGGCUAGAAAUGCAGAAUCUCGGCUCCACCCCAGACCUACUGAGUCAGGAUCUGUAUUUUAAUCAAAUAAAAUGCCUAGGGGAUUCCUGAGCACACUCAAGUGUGAGAAGCGCUGGCUUACUCUGUUCACUUCUUUCCUGUAUGUUUGACAUUUUCCAUAAUGAAGAGGUUGUGGGGUUUUGUUUUGCUUUCCUGUGUGUUCACGGUCACGGGGAGCUCUUCCUAUGGAGACCGGGGCUGGAGGGAGCUGGGAAGCGCUGCCUCCCCGCUCCUGCUUGGACCCACCAGCCCCGCCGCUGGCCCGGGCGGGCACCGGGGUCCCGCUGGGCAGCCCGGACCCCGUGCCUGGGCCGCACCUGCCGCGGUGGCUCCGUCGGGCCGGGCGGAAGCGCGGGAGCGCAGGGCUGGACAGGCCCGGGCGUGGCGGCCCCGGCGCACCUGGGCGAGCCGGCAGGUGGGAGCGUCGCGGCCCGGGGUCCCCGCCCUCGCGCGGGGGAGGAGCGGGCGGCGCGGGGCGGGCGCAGUGGGGGUCGGGGCGCUGGGAGCCCGUUGGGCCGCGAAAGCAGCCGCCACGCCGGGUUCGCCGAGAUCGGGUGCCCGGGAUGAGCCUCAUCCGGAAAAAGGGCUUCUACAAGCAGGACGUCAACAAGACCGCCUGGGAGCUGCCCAAGACCUACGUGUCCCCGACGCACGUCGGCAGCGGGGCCUAUGGCGCCGUGUGCUCGGCCAUCGACAAGCGGUCAGGAGAGAAGGUGGCCAUCAAGAAGCUGAGCCGGCCCUUUCAGUCCGAGAUCUUCGCCAAGCGCGCCUACCGGGAGCUGCUGCUGCUGAAGCAUAUGCAGCAUGAGAACGUCAUUGGGCUCCUGGAUGUCUUCACCCCAGCCUCCUCCCUGCGCAACUUCCAUGACUUCUACCUGGUGAUGCCCUUCAUGCAGACAGAUCUGCAGAAGAUCAUGGGGAUGGAGUUCAGUGAGGAGAAGAUCCAGUACCUGGUGUAUCAGAUGCUCAAAGGCCUUAAGUACAUCCACUCGGCUGGGGUCGUGCACAGGGACCUGAAGCCAGGCAACCUGGCUGUGAACGAGGACUGUGAACUGAAGAUUCUGGAUUUUGGGCUGGCGCGACAUGCAGACGCCGAGAUGACUGGCUAUGUGGUGACCCGCUGGUACCGGGCCCCCGAGGUGAUCCUCAGCUGGAUGCACUACAACCAGACGGUGGACAUCUGGUCUGUGGGCUGUAUCAUGGCAGAGAUGCUGACAGGGAAAACUCUGUUCAAGGGGAAAGAUUACCUGGACCAGCUGACCCAGAUCCUGAAAGUGACCGGGGUGCCUGGCACGGAGUUUGUGCAGAAGCUGAACGACAAAGCGGCCAAAUCCUACAUCCAGUCCCUGCCGCAGACCCCCAGGAAGGAUUUCACUCAGCUCUUCCCACGGGCCAGCCCCCAGGCCGCGGACCUGCUGGAGAAGAUGCUGGAGCUAGACGUGGACAAGCGCCUGACAGCCGCGCAGGCCCUCACCCAUCCCUUCUUUGAGCCCUUCCGGGACCCUGAGGAAGAGACGGAGGCCCAGCAGCCGUUUGAUGAUUCCUUAGAACACGAGAAACUCACAGUGGAUGAAUGGAAGCAGCACAUCUACAAGGAGAUUGUGAACUUCAGCCCCAUUGCCCGGAAGGACUCGCGGCGCCGGAGUGGCAUGAAGCUGUAGGGACUCAUCUCGCAUGGCACUGCCAGCCACACACUGCCCAAGGACCUGUAUUUAUUUGUCACUACCAAACUCAGCCCUUCUUGGAAUACAGCCUUUCAAGCAGAGGACAGAAGGGUCCUUCUCAUGUGGGAAAUGGACCUAGUAGAUGCAGAAUUCAAAGAUGUUGGUUGGGAGAAACUAGCUCUGAUCCUAACAGGCCACGUUAAACUGCCCAUCUGGAGAAUCGCCUGCAGGUGGGGCCCUUUCCUUCCCGCCAGAGUGGGGCUGAGUGGGCGCUGAGCCAGGCUGGGGGCCUAUGGCAGUGAUGCUGCAUUGGUUUCCUAGGGAUGCUCUAACGAAUUACCACAAACCUGGUGGAUUGAAACAGCAGAACUUGAUUCCCUCACAGUUCUGGAGGCUGGAAAUCUGGGAUGGAGGUGUUGGCAGGGCUGUGGUGUCUUUGAAGGCUCUGGGGAAGAAUCCUUCCUUGGCUCUUUUUAGCUUGUGGUGGCAGUGGGCAGUCUGUGGCAUUCCCCGGCUUAUUGCUGCAUCACUCCAGUCUCUGUCUCUUCUGUUCUCUCCUCUUUUAACAAGUCAUUGGAUUUAGGGCCCACUCUAAUCCUGUAUGAUCUUAUCUUGAUCCUUAUUAAUGACACCUGCAAAUAGUCUAUUUCCAAAUAAAGUCACAUUCUCAGGUUCCAGGUG